AUGUACAACGGCAUCGGUCUCACUACACCCCGUGGCAGUGGUACAAAUGGUUACGUUCAACGUAACUUGUCGUACCUCCGCUCACAUGAGACCGCGGCCGAACGCGCUGGCGCUUGGGAUGUAGCGCCCCCGAAACACCGUGAGCCUGACCAGGAGAUUUUGGAACACGAGCGGAAGAGAAAGGUGGAAGUGAAAUGCUUGGAACUACAGCUUGAGUUGGAGGACCAAGGAUUGGAAGAAGCUCAGAUUGAAGAGCAAGUUAAUGCAUUGAGGGAGAAGCUCCUUGCCAACCUCUCGUCUCUCGCACCCACCGCUAAAAGCCUGAAGUCCUCGGACACUCAUGGCAUUGCCGCUGCCAAAAAGGAAGAACUGAACAAAAUGGCGCGUGCCUUGGGCACAAGACCAGAUUACACCGAAGGAGAAGCCUUUGACCGGGAGAAGCAAGAGGAGCUGAAGAUGAAGCGGCUGGCUGAGAGGGAAGAAAGAGAGAGAAAGAGGGAAGAAGAGAGAGCUAGGUACCAGGCGCAGAAGGAGAAAUGGGAGGCUGAGAAGAAAGAGAGGGAUCGAUUGAGGAGACGGGAGGAAGAUAGGCUCAGGAAAGAAAGAGAGGAAAACGAGAAGAGAAGGGCGACCAUGCCUCCACCUCCACCGCCAUACAGGGACAGAGAUGGCGGAAGAGGAAAGGAUUAUCGGGACAGACGAAGCAGGAGUCCUCCUCGCCGGGCUAUGCCUCCCCCACCUCCCCGUGACCGUGGUUAUGGACGACGAGGACGAUCCAUGUCCCGAUCCGCUUCCCGCUCUCCCUCCCGCUCGCGUUCUCCGCGUUCUCCUCCUCGCCCUCCUCCCCGCCGACGGUACGAUUCUCGUUCCCCUGAACGUGACGGACCUCCUCCCCCGGCCGCAAGAUAUCGCCGGUCCGGCUCUCCCGUUCCUCCCUCUCGUGGUUACUCCAGGUCACCCUCUCCCCAUCCACCUCGCGGCGCCCGUGGUCGGGGGCGAGACGUUUCAGUGUCGCCGCCUCCCCGAGAUCGCUAUAGGUCACCACCUCCACAUAUGCGCAGGAGAUCACCGUCUCCUCGCGACGAUUCACGGUCUCCUCCCCCACGCAGGAGGUCUCCGCCCCGUCGCUCUCCUCCCCGGCGUGAUCGGCGACCGUCACCCAGCCGGACCCCGUCGAGGUCGCCUCCACCUCGCCAGCGCCGGAGGUUCGAGUCGAGGUCUCCUCCGAGGAAUAAGGAUGACAGCGACCGGGAGAUGCGCUCUCCCUCACCUCCGCGUCGUGGUCGGUCUCGUUCUGCUUCGUCUGGUUCUUCCAUGUCCGUCAGUUCCAGGUCGAGCAGCCGGGAGUGAGAUGCAUGAGAUUGUCUUCCGGUAACCUUCUUCCAAAAGAUUGUAUCUACGAGCUCAGUGCUCAGUGCUCCUGUGCAUUUGCCGUGCUAUGUAAUUGUAUGAAUUGAUACCUGAAGGUAUUGCCUGGGUUUGAUGACUG